CAUCUACGACUCUGUGUUGUGCAUGUAUGGACUGUUCCGGAGUGGAAUAACCCAAAGAAAAUCAAAACGUUUGAGAUGGUCUUUGUUGAUGAAUUGGGCACUACUAUACAUGGUUUGGUCAAUGGUGAAUGCGUAGAAAAUUUUAGGAGUAUUUUGACUGAUGGAGUGGCUAUUCAGUUAGCAAAUUUUCAAGUUGAUAGAAGCGCUGGAACCUGGCGUUACACGGAUCAUACAUAUAAGAUCACCUUUCAGCCUGACACCCUAGUCAAAGUUCUUGACAACUAUUCAGGUCCUAUGCACCAUUUUGAUUUCAAAACUUUUGAAGAAAUCAUUGAUCACACCCUAUCAAACAAUCAGAUCAUUGACAUUAUUGGUUUAGUUGUUGCUGUCGGAGCUGAGAUUCCAGGUUUUACACCCACAAACAAGCCUAACAAAAGAAGGGUUCUUUGCUUAGAGGAUACAGAGGGAACGCAAAUUGACUGCACUUUGUGGGAUUCCUAUGUUGAACAAUUUAACAAAUUUUUGGAAGCUCAAAAUGACGACAAACCCAUUGUCAUAAUUGUUCAGUUCGGGAAGGUAAAAGGCUAUAAUAAAGGUGCAUUAUCGUUUGGGACAUCUUUGUAUGCAACUAAGUUGUACUUCAAUGACGACAUCCCGGCUAUUCAACAAUUCAUGGAUAGGAUGAAAGAAAAACAGGAAGAUGGAACCUCUUCUUUAAAGGUGCCUACCGUUUCAACUAACGCAACAUUGAGUUCCCCGUCUUCGUUUUAUAAAAAUUGUUUUCCAGUAAAUUUGAAUGAGCUGCAUCGAGUAACUGAGGUGAAAAGAUGUGCAACAAUAGCAACAAUUCAAAGUGUUAUUAAAAAUCGCUCUUGGUACUACAUUGCCUGUACAAAAUGUAAAGGUGGAGCCAAGCCAAUUACUAAUGGCGAUUCGGCAGAAAAUGGGUCACUGAAUAGCCUUUGGAAAUGUAGCGGCUGCAGUAAACCAGUCGAAAGCGUUUCGACCAGGUACAAGGUCUAUGUACGUGUAGUCGAUGAUACUGGCUCUUCUACUUUUAUUCUUUUUGACAACGACAUAAAGAAGCUGAUAACAUUGAACCCACUGAAUCUAAGUGGUGUUGUCGGUAAUUCGGGUGAAAAUAUCCCUGAAGAGUUAGAAGAUUUGGCUGGUCAUAAAGCUCUGUUUGACUACACAGUAUCAAAGUUUUGGAAUCUUGAUAAAGGAAAACAUGAGUACACCGUGUCCAAACUAACCAAGGAUAAAGAAGUCCUUGAUGCCUUUAGAAAGGAUAACGGCAUAGAAGUGGAAAACAUUAGUGAAGAUGAUUCUACGACUCCAUCGCUUGAAUCUAACGAAUCUAAUAUUCAUCCUAUUGUUUUGUACGGAUGCAACAUCAGAAUCCGAGGGUUCUCAGUCCAAUCUGUCCGGUGAAAGUAUUGCAACCAGCCCUUCCCGAAAACGCCUUUGCAUUGAUGUUGCUGCUGAUGACAUUGUUGAUGCUUCUCCUACACAUACACGGCGUAAGCUGUUAAAACGUAACAAAGAAAAAAACAAUGUUAGCUGCUUCAUGAAUGAAUCUGCCCAUUUUUUAAUUUUACAUUUGUUUUUGAUAUUUUGGUUUCCCAAUGAACAUAUUUCUAUCGUACUCAUUUAUGGAUACUACAUAAUUUUAAUUUGGCCACGUUUAUUUUAUUCA